AUGAUCGCCGCCGCCCCGCCGCUGAUCGCUGCCGUGCCGGUGAGGCCGGUGCGGAUCCCCCAGCCGCUGGUCUUGUUGCCGAGUGGGAGCGAUCAGCAGAUGCCUGAGAUGGUGGAGACAGUGAGAUCCUCAAGCUCCGGAGCCAAGUCAGGACACCCCUUGGAGUUCUUGGUCACGCGACCCGCCGGCAGCGCCAAAGCCGUGCCGCUGGGGGGACCGAUGGGGCCGCCGGCGGGGCCCGCGGGGGCGGGGCCUGGGCCGCCCCAGAGGGUGCCGGUGGUCGGCUCCAUUCCAGCAACUACGCAGGCCUCUCCAAUGCGCUGUGUACAUUGCAAACAUGCAGAGCACGAAUUGGAGAUGUUGAGAAAAGAGCACCAGAGCCUGCAGCAGCAGCUGGCAGAAAUGAGACAGAUGGGUGACGCUCAGGAGGGCACGUCAGUGCAGCGCUGUGUGCGCUGCAAAACGGCCGAGCAAGAACUGGAAAUGUUGCGCCGGGAACAGCACAGCCUUGAGCAGCAGCUCUUGCUCUCCAAACAGCAGCUGCAGCAUGCAGAGGAGGAGGGUCGCCAGCAGUUGAAGAGCUUGACGGAGAUGGAUCGGAAGCUUGCCCAGGCGACUGCCAAGCUCCGAGAGGCAGAAAAGCUGAAGGCCUCCCUGGAGCCGGAGGUGCAGGCGCAGGCCAACACCGAGGCGGCGCUCUGCGCGUGGCGCACGGAGGCCGAGAGCCACCGGGCAUCGCUGGAGGCGGCGGAGCAGCGCUGCGCGGAGCAGCUGCGGAGGGCGCAGGCGGCGCGGCGCCACGCGGCGGAGGUGGAGAGGCAGCGGAAGGAGGUGGUGCGCAACAGCGGGCUCCAGGUCCGGAAUCGCCUCUGUGAGGAGCUAAAUACAGCUCUAGCUGAGAAAGCCGAGAUGGACAAGCGCCUGAAGAAGGCACUCCGCGUGAGCGCAGAAGAACAGCGCUUGAGGACCAGCCUGGCACAGGAGAUGGAAGCGGCUACUGUGGAGCUUCAAGCCUACAAAGAUGAGGCAUUGGAGGCCUCCAAGGCCAAAGAACAGUUGCAGAAGCAACGGCGCUUCGCGAAGAGCGAAGCCGGCCAAGCGGAGUCGCUCCAGCGGCAGUUCAGCGAGGCCGAACAGCAGCGGCGCGCCCUUCAAGUGGAGCUGGCAAAGUCCCAGCGCCUCCGUCAGGAAGAGCAGAAGAAGCGCCAAGCGGCCUGUGCCGAGCGUGAUCAAGUGCAACAGGAGCUGCAGCAGUGGCGGACAGUGGGCUUGGCAGACCGGCUACGGCAGGUGGAGGAGCAGUACCACGUGACGCUGCUCUUCGUGGGUAACGCGAGCGACGCAGAGAUUGCCCGAGCGAACCCGACGAUGCUGCGCAACGCCCCCGCAGUGCAGGAGCUCCGUCGGAGGCUGCGGCGCCAUGAGGGGCAGCCGGUGCAGGUGGAGGUUUCCGACUUCGUUUGGGAGGAUGGCCACAUCGCUGCAGCCCCAGCACAGCUGGCGAACACGGAACGCGGGUUGUGCGCCAACGUGCAUCCGCACAUGACGCUUGGCAUGGCCCCAGGGGCAAUGGCGGUGGAAAGCAAUGGGCUGCUGGCAAGACGGUUUGCGGAACACCAUUUCCAUGCAGGCUUAGCAGAAUGGCUGAGACAAAUUGGAUUGGGCCAAUAUACAAAGAUCCUCUCGCUGUGGUGCCGAAAGAAUCAAGUAACAACACUGGAAGAGCUUUCUGGACGUGCUGCCAAAGCAGCGGCAGCAAUCGAGCCAGAUCCGUCUCGAAGAGCGGAGGUGGAGAAGAUUUUAAGAAGCUCCCUGGCUCGGCGGAUCAAUGAGCUGCCCACCGCGCGGCUCCAGUUGCAGGGCACCAUCGAAGCGCACCGCGCGGCAUUUGUUGUUGUUUGA